CUUUCAAUUGUGCUGAUGGCAGAAGCCAUCCUGGCUGGAUCCUCGGGAUACACAUAUUCCUCUCCGUCGCACAGCUCCAGUAGUGGGCUCAGUGCUGGAUUCGGCAACGCGAUCGUAGGUGGACUUGGAAGCGGUUCCAGCUCUCUCAUCCAAUCCACCAGUGGGCACUCUGCUGGGUUCAGCAGUGGACUCGUAAGCAGCAACAGAUUUGGAGGCAACUCCUUCGGUGGAUUCAGCGGAGGACUCGGUGGUGGUUCCACUGGAGGAUAUACUUCCUCUGCAAGCCUCGGUUCCGUUGGAGGAUUCAGCGGAAGCCUCGGUGCAGCACAUGGUAAUGGAUUCGGAGGCAAUGCCGUUAGUUUCGGAGACAGUGCCGGUUCGGCACUUAGUGGUGGAUUCGGAGGCAGUACCGGUAGCAUUGGUUCUUCGAGUGGAUUCGGUUCGAGUCUUGGCAGUCGAUUUGGUGGAGGACUGAGCAGUGGAUCUUUGGGAAGCACCGGUGGAUUUGGAGGCAGUAUCGGCUCUUCCAGCUUUGGCUCCAACAGCGGAUUCGCUGGAGCACUUAGCAGUGGUAUUGCUGCCAGUACUCUCAGUGCUGGCGCAGGAGUUGGCACUGGUUUCGGAAGCAGUAUUGGCUCUUCCAAUAUCGGCGGAUUCGGAGGAUCCCUUAGCAGUGGCUUGAGCGGCAAUCAUGCUAGUUUCGGAGAUAGCCAUGGAGCCGGACUUGGCGGUAGUUUCGGUAGCAGCAUUGGCUCUUCCAGCAUUGGUUCCAGCAGCGGAUUCAGAGGAGCACUCAGCAGUGGUUUUGGUGGUAACAAUGUUGGAGAUAACAUUGGGGCAGGAGUUGGUGGUGGUAUUGGAAGCAGCAUUGGUGCCAGUAGCGGAUUAGGAGGAGCCCAAAGCAGUGGUAUCGGCGGCAGCGCCAUUAGUUUCGGAGAUAGUAAUGGUGCAAGUCUUGGUGGUGGUUUCGGAGGAAGCAUUGACUCCUCCAGCUUUACCUCCGGCAGUGAUUUGAGCGGAUUUGGUAGCCGAUUUGGAAGUAGUGGUCUUGGAGGUAUUACUUCAUCCAGUCUCGGAGCUGGUAACCAAUUCGGCGGAGGUGCCCUAAGCAGUGGCUUCGGAGGUAACAGUGCUAAUUUCGGAGACAGUGUCGGUGCUGGACUUGGCAGUGCUUUCGGAAGCAGUUCCGCGGGGGGAUAUACAUCUUCCAGUAGCAUUGGUUCCGCAGGUGGAUUUGGUUCAAGCCUUGGUAGUAGAUUCGGUGGAGGACUAACCAGUGGAUUCGGAGGAAGCUCCCACGGAUUCGGAGGCAAUUCCGGUAGUUUCGAACAUAGCAUUGGUUCCGGGUCUUCCUUCGGAGGAAGUUUCGGUGGAAACAUUGGUGGUGGAUUCACAGGAGGAGCGAUAGAAGGUACUUCAGACCAAGGCUACUCGAGCUAUGCCGCAGCAGCUCCAAAGUACACUGGACCAAAACCUGUCUACGGAGUACCACAAGUACAAUAA